AUGAAGACCCUUCACAAAAAGGCAGCUACAGGGCAGCAAACAAGGGAAACUGUUGAUCAUCACGUUGGAUCUGCAAAUAUGAGGAAGAAAAAGACCUGUCAAAAGAAACAGAGGGGCAGACCUUCAUCCCAACCCCAAAGGAGCAUAGUGGGCUGCAGAAUUUCACAUGGAUGGAAAGAAGGCAAUGAUCCCAUCACCCAGUGGAAAGGAACCAUUCUGGAUCAGCUUCUAGAUGAUUACAGAGAAGGAGAUCUCUGUAUCAUGCCAGAGACCAGUGAGUCUCCUCCAGCAGAGAGAGAGCCAGAAGGAGUUAUAGAUGUCCUCAUAGGUAAACAUAUGGAAUAUACCAAAGAAGAUGGCUCCAAAAGGACAGACAAGGUCAUUCACCAAGUGAAAGCCAAGCCCUCUGUGUAUUUCAUCAAGUUUGAUGAUGAUUUCCUAUGUUUAUGA